GUGCAGAGGAGCAGCCACAGCGGCUGACUCUCCAAACUAGGACUUGCUCAGCCGGAGGCUGGCAGCCUGGAGCUGGAGCCAGAGCCAGGGCUCGUCUGCCCUCAGGGACCCCAGCCCCACUCGCUCGCCCACCUCCUGCCUGCUGCCCUGCCUUCAGAUCAGGCACCCAGCUGCCCCUGCAUGGAGACUUUUUUUAAGAGACACUUCCAGCGGAUGGCUCCAGGCCUCAGAGAGGGGCAGCGGAGGUCCAGUGGCGUGGGGCUGCCUACGGGCAAGGCGCGGCGCCGCUCCCCGGCUGGGCAGGCCUCCUCCUCGCUGGUGCAGCGCCGCCGGUCCAGCGCGCAGCUCCAGGGCUGCCUCCUGGGCUGCGGGAUGCAGGCCCGGGGCACCGGCCGCCGCCGCCGCUCCAGCACCACACCCCCCGCCCACAACCCCCGCUUCGCCGUGGGCGAGAUGCCCCCCCCGCAGCCGGCCACUGUUGGGGCUCAGCUUCUGGGCGCACCCCUGCUGUUGGCUGGGCUCGUGGGCAUGAAGGAGGAGGAGGAGGGGGUCCAGGAGGAGGACGUGAAAGCUGCAGCGUUGAGUACCACCCAGCAAGGCACCAAGACACCAGGGCCACCCCGACACCGGGGCACCCGGACCCUGCUGCCACUGCCCUGCUGCCUGCGUGGGCGCCAAGCCUCCUCCCACCUGCUCCCUGCUGACGUGGUAUAUGACCGUGCCCUCUGGGGCCUGCACGGUUACUAUCGUCGGCUCAGCCAGCAGCGACCCUCAGGCACCACGGCCAGCCCCGGGACGCCCGCCCGCGUGUGCCCACUCUCCCGCAGGCGCCAGGUAGCCCUGCGGCGCAAGUCGGCCGGACCGCAGGCCUGGAGCGCCCUGCUCGCGAAAGCCAUCACCAAGUCAGGCCUCCCGCACCUGGCACCCCCUCCUCCUGCUCACGGGGCCCUGUGCAGCGAGCCAGAGCGGCAGAUCCGGAGCACCGUGGACUGGAGUGAGUCGGCAACAUAUGGGGAGCACAUCUGGUUCGAGACCAACGUUUCCGGGGACUUCUGCUAUGUCGGGGAGCAGUACUGUGUAGCUAAGAUGCUGCAGAAGUCAGUGCCCCGGAGGAAGUGUGCAGCCUGCAAGAUCGUGGUGCACACCCCCUGCAUCGAGCAGCUGGAGAAGAUAAAUUUUCGCUGUAAGCCGUCCUUCCGUGAAUCAGGGUCCAGGAAUGUCCGUGAGCCGACCUUCGUGCGGCACCACUGGGUACACAGGCGGCGCCAGGACGGCAAGUGUCGGCACUGUGGGAAGGGCUUCCAGCAGAAGUUCACCUUCCACAGCAAGGAGAUCGUGGCCAUCAGCUGCUCCUGGUGCAAGCAAGCCUACCACAGCAAGGUGUCCUGCUUCAUGCUGCAGCGGAUCGAGGAGCCAUGCUCGCUGGGCGUCCACGCAGCCGUGGUCAUCCCGCCCACCUGGAUCCUCCGGGCCCGCAGGCCCCAGAACACCCUCAAGGCAAGCAAGAAGAAAAAGAGAGCAUCCUUCAAGAGGAAAUCCAGCAAGAAAGGUCCCGAGGAGGGCCGCUGGAAACCCUUCAUCAUCAGGCCCACCCCGUCCCCCCUCAUGAAGCCCCUGCUGGUGUUCGUGAACCCCAAGAGUGGGGGCAACCAGGGUGCAAAAAUCAUCCAGUCCUUUCUCUGGUAUCUCAACCCCCGACAAGUCUUUGACCUCAGCCAGGGAGGGCCCAAGGAAGCGCUGGAGAUGUACCGCAAAGUGCACAACCUGCGGAUCCUGGCGUGCGGGGGCGACGGCACGGUCGGCUGGAUCCUCUCCACCCUGGACCAGCUGCGCCUGAAACCGCCACCGCCUGUCGCCAUCCUGCCCCUGGGCACUGGCAACGACUUGGCCCGCACCCUCAACUGGGGCGGGGGCUACACGGAUGAGCCCGUGUCCAAGAUCCUCUCCCACGUGGAGGAGGGGAACGUGGUGCAGCUGGACCGCUGGGACCUCCGCGUGGAGCCCAACCCCGAGGCAGGGCCCGAGGAACGUGAUGAGGGCGCCACCGACCGGCUGCCUCUGGACGUCUUCAACAACUACUUCAGCCUGGGCUUCGAUGCCCACGUCACCCUGGAGUUUCACGAGUCUCGAGAGGCCAACCCCGAGAAAUUCAACAGCCGCUUUCGGAACAAGAUGUUCUACGCCGGGACAGCCUUCUCCGACUUCCUGAUGGGCAGCUCCAAGGACCUGGCCAAGCACAUCCGAGUGGUGUGUGACGGAACCGACCUGACCCCCAAGAUCCAGGACCUGAAGCCCCAGUGCAUCGUGUUCCUGAACAUCCCCAGGUACUGCGCGGGCACCAUGCCCUGGGGCCACCCUGGGGAGCACCACGACUUCGAGCCCCAGCGGCACGACGACGGCUACCUCGAGGUCAUCGGCUUCACCAUGACAUCCCUGGCAGCGCUGCAGGUGGGCGGCCACGGCGAGCGGCUGACGCAGUGCCGCGAGGUGGUGCUCACCACGUCCAAGGCCAUCCCGGUGCAGGUGGAUGGCGAGCCCUGCAAGCUGGCCGCCUCGCGCAUCCGCAUCGCCCUGCGCAACCAGGCCACCAUGGUGCAGAAGGCCAAGCGGCGCAGCGCCACCACCCUGCACAGCGACCAGCAGCCGGUGCCCGAGCAGCUGCAGGUGCAGGUGAGCAGGGUCAGCAUGCAUGACUACGAGGCCCUGCACUACGACAAGGAGCAGCUCAAGGAGGCCUCCGUGCCGCUGGGCACCGUGGUGGUGCCGGGAGACAGUGACCUCGAGCUCUGCCGCGCCCACAUCGAGAAGCUGCAGCAGGUGAGCGGCAGGGGCAGGGGCAGGGGCAGGACCUGCCAGUCUUCCUGCGCCGGUUCCCUUCUCACCCGCCCUGGCCUUCAAUUCUCUCGACAGGAGCCGGAAGGUGCCGGAGCCCAGUCCCCGACGUGCCAGAAACUGUCCCCCAAGUGGUGCUUCCUGGACGCCACCACCGCCAGCCGGUUCUACAGGAUCGACCGGGCCCAGGAGCACCUCAACUACGUGACUGAGAUUGCACAGGACGAGAUUUAUAUUCUGGACCCAGAGCUGCUGGGGGCGUCGGCCCGGCCUGACCUCCCAACCCCCACCUCCCCUCUCCCCACCUCCCCCUGCUCGCCCACACCCCGGUUAUUGCCAGGGGAUGCUGUGCCCCCUAAAGGUGCAGAGCUGGUGGAGGCCGCCAAGAGGAACGACUUCUGUAAGCUCCAGGAGCUGCACCGAGCUGGGGGCGACCUCAUGCACCGGGAUGACCAGAGUCGCACACUCCUGCACCACGCAGUCAGCACUGGCAGCAAGGAAGUGGUCCGCUACCUGCUGGACCACGCCCCGCAAGAGAUCCUUGAUGCUGUGGAGGAAAACGGGGAGACCUGUCUGCACCAGGCGGCAGCCCUGGGCCAGCGCACCAUCUGCCACUACAUCGUAGAGGCCGGCGCCUCGCUCAUGAAGACGGACCAGCAGGGCGACACUCCCCGGCAGCGAGCAGAGAAGGCCCAGGACACGGAGCUGGCCGCCUACCUGGAGAACCGGCAGCACUACCAGAUGAUCCAGCGGGAGGACCAGGAGACGGCUGUGUAGCUGAGGCCAAUGCUGAGGAGGGGCGGGCCCCGGUCACGGCACGAGCCCCCUUCCUUGCCCACCUCACUGCCACAUUCCAGUCGGACAGCCACGGGGUGACCCAUGCUCCAGGGAAGGAGCCCCGUGCUGCCCCCGGAGGAGCCACCCAAACCUAGGGCUGGACUCUGAGGAGUUGGGGCAUCUCACCUGUUCCCUGAACCCCGGCCUGACCUGGAGGCCCGCAGGGGAGCAAGAAGCUGGACUGGACUGGGCAGGCCUUUGGAGGGCUGGGCCUGGCCACUGCAGGGCGGCCCUCACUCUCGCCAGCGCCCUCCAUAGAAUCUAGGAGCCAGAGGGGGUGGCAGAUGGGCUCGGAGCCCUAUCAGGGAGCCUUCCUAAGUCACCUGGUCCUCCAGGGCCCCAGCUCGGAGGCUCCUGGGGGUUCAGUCCUGCUGCCCUGACCCCACCCUUCCCAGGGCCGGCCCCCACAACCGGGGGCGCCGUGCUCGCCUGCCUGCGGCCCUGCUUGGCACCUCCCCCAGUGACCCUCCCCAGCCAUUUCUUCGAGGACUGUGUGGCCUGGGGGUUGGGGUGGGACUCUCACGGUGACUUGUUUACAGCUGGGUGUGACUCAGUAAAGUGGAUUUUUUUUUUUCC